AUGACCCCCCGCGGUGAAAAUUCGUCACCAACCGCCAUCCCGAACGAUCCGGAGAGCAUCGCCUACAUCCUGGACCUGAUCAAGAAGCUGCUGCAAGGCAGAGUGAUUACAGCAUACUACAACGUCGCCAUUGUCGUCCUGCUUUUGGGAUUUACGGUUGCUCACUGGCGUCAAACACGCCUGGAUCGGAAGAAAUGGAGACAACGGCUUCAGCAGACCAGAGUGGCGUCGCCCACAGCCUCUGGUUCCACCAUACGUCCUUCAAGUCCGGCCAACGAUGCCAAUGACGAAAACACCUCUUCGGGAAGCAGUACUAUCGAAGGCUCAGCCACGCCGCCUGUGCUACCCAAGCCUGAUUAUGACCAUGUCGACAUUGAGCGCCUACCCCUACUUCGCUCAAGAGUGAACCGAUCGGGUGGAAACAGGUCCCGGAGUUCAGGACUGAGGACUAUUUGGAACCGAAUCCGGGCAUGGCUCGCCUAUCAACCCGGUCCAAUCCCCAUCAUCAACCGGGCUCUUCCAGCCAACGGAGUCUCUCUGUUUGUGUUGUUCUGGUUCGGCAUCAACGUCUUCUUCCACUUUUAUCGAUGCCCCGUCUCGGGCCCUUACUUCUUUGUGACUGCCGACCGAGCCGGUUUCGUCUUCAUUGUCAACCUGCCUCUUUUAUAUCUCCUCUCGGCAAAGAAUCAACCCCUCCGUUUGCUGACUGGUCGCUCGUAUGAGGCCCUCAACAUCUUUCACCGCCGCGUCGGCGAACUGAUGUGCUUUGAGGCCCUGUUUCACAUGGUUGGCAUGUUGCUUUUCCAGUUUGUCCUGGCGCCCGAGUGGUUGAACCCCGUCACCGUGUGGCAGUAUUUUUCGCACCCCCUGAUCUAUCUGGGACUGGGAGCCUUUAUACCGUAUCAACUCUUGUACCUGACGUCCCUGGGCACGUUCAGGCAAAAGUGCUACGAGCUCUUCCUCGUCAGCCAUGUUCUGCUGCAGGUUGCCGGGCUGGUGUUUCUCUAUUUGCACUUUCCGACCGCGCGGCCCUAUGUGUUGAUUGCUGGAGGCAUAUUUGUACUCGACCGGCUGGUCUGGAGAUUCCGUCUCAGGUCAACCAUAGUCGACGCAGAUGUUGCGGUUCUCGAAGAUGGCGAGACCAUGAUGCUUUCAGCCGACUGGACCAUACCCUCGACGCCAGCUGUCAGAUUUCUUGGUCCUUAUCUCCCCAAGUGCAUCACUGCAGGCUGGCUCCCGACCGAUCACGUCUUCCUUACGGUGCCAUCCCUGGGCCGGUCGCACACCUUGCAGGCGCACCCAUUCACCAUCGCGUCGGCAGCGCCAGGUCACGAGCCGGGGAAGCACGCGUGGCUGAACCUCCUCAUCCGCACGCACGCCGGCUUCACCAGGGAUUUACUUGAGCACGUCCAGGAACGUCGGGGAUCAUCCCUUGCCCCACACUCUUCUGCCCCGGUUCGCAUCUCUGCCCGCCUCGACGGCCCAUACGGCUCAUCACACGCCCUCGACAUGCUCCGCGCCUGCGACACGGCCGUCCUGGUGGCUGGCGGAUCGGGCAUUGCUGUCGUGUACCCGCUGGCCGCCGCGCUGCUCUCCGAAGCGCCCACCAAACAACGUGUUCGCCUCUUGUGGGUGACGCGUUCUCGGUCCCACGCCGAUUGGAUUCCCGCCGAGCGACUGGCCGAGCUCGUCGAUGCCGGGCUGGAGCUGGUGAUCCCGGAACCUACUGAAGACGCCGGCCGGCCGGACACGGUGGGGAUCGUGAGGGCGUGGAUCGAUAACAACGAUGGCGAGGAUGGCAUGGCUGGAGUGGUUGUUUCGGGACCGGAUAGCAUGAACCGCGAGGUCAGGAAUGCUUGCGCUGCUGCGAUUGGGCGUGGAGCCAACGUGAGGGUUGCGGUGGAGAAGUUUGGGUGGUGA